AUGAUGAUGAAGCGGGGAUAUUUUACGGACUUGUUUGUUGUAGCUUUAUGUGCUCUAAUGGCUAUUUCUAGAGCAGACCCGGAUCCGACCCAAAUGACUGCAGCCCUUCUAAUUAGAGUUGAUCAGUCCGGCAAGGGAGACUACCGGAAAAUACAAGACGCCAUUAAUGCCGUGCCAUCCAACAACUCGGAGCUUGUAUUCAUUUGGGUGAAGCCUGGAAUUUACAGAGAGAAGAUUGUUGUGCCGGCGGACAAGCCCUUCAUCACACUGAGCGGCACAAGCGCCGGUGAGACGAUAAUAACAUGGAAGGAGGGCGGGGAGAUAUAUGAAUCUCCAACGUUUACUGUGUUGGCUUCGGAUUUUGUUGCACGAUUCCUCACCAUCCAGAAUACAUUUGGGUCGGGAGCCAAAGCUGUUGCAUUAAGGGUGUCGGGAGACAGAGCAGCAUUCUAUGGUUGCAGAAUUCUGUCUCAUCAGGAUACACUACUUGAUGAUACUGGAAGGCAUUACUACAGAAGUUGUUAUAUAGAAGGAGAAACUGACUUUAUUUGUGGAGAUGCUGCUUCUCUCUUCGAGAAGUGUCACGUGCACUCACUGUCAGAAGGAACCGGAGCUAUCACUGCCCAACGUAGGGAGUCACCGUCGGAGAACACCGGCUUCGCCUUCUUGGAUUGCAAGAUCACCGGCCUGAAAACUACCAUCCUCGGAAGGCCAUGGGGUGCCUAUUCUAGGGUCGUCUUUGCCUUUACUUAUAUGUCGAGUGUAGUGCUUCCCCAGGGUUGGGAUGAUUGGGGGGACUCGUCCAAACAGAGGACGGCGUACUAUGGGGAAUACAAAUGUUAUGGACCGGGAGCCGUUGGAUCGAAAAGGGUCCAAUGGUCACACAACCUCACGAUCCAAGAAGCUGCACCCUUCUUGUCUAAGGACUUAAUUAGUGGAAAAAGUUGGAUUAGGCCAGCUCCAACCAGUUUCAGAAAACCCUCUGCUGCCAUUUCUAACAAUACUGAUGUUAAUGGAAACUAG